ACAACUCCUUCACAAACACAACCGCUCGCUUUUCACAAUUCUCUCGUCGGCUUUAAUUUAUUUUCCCUCGGUUUCUCGCUUCCCAAACAGAUAACGCACUCAUGGACUCCAUAGUCAAGCGAGAAAAUCCUGAACCGGCUAACUCAUCUCCCAGGCUAAACCAAAAACUUCUGAAGCUUUCCCAAACGCAAAUUAGUUAUCAUAGCGGAAGCAGCAGUAGUAGUAGUAGUUCAAGCGAUUCCGAUUCCAAUGACAUUGACGACGGCGGUGUUUCAAAUCUCAAUGCUAAUAAACGGAAGCAAAACUCGAGUUUCGGUGAUCUCUUGAAGAAACCGAAACGCGAGGAGGAAUUUUGUUCAAUUAUGCCUCCUGCAGGAUUUCUUGCUUCUCUUAACAAUAACCAGGAAUUACAGCCACAGCCAUUACUGAAAAAAACAAUGGAACGGAAGGACAACUCGCUGUUGCCAUUGACGGUUGCUCAUAAUAAUAACAAUAAACUGGCGGUGGCUACGAUUUCACGCGGUUGCAAGCAGUUCUGGAAAGCAGGAGAUUACGAGGAAGACGUUGCUACUGAUUCUACUUAUUCUGCUAUUGGCAUGGAUCAUGUUAGAGUACAUCCAAAGUUUCUACAUUCAAAUGCAACAAGUCAUAAAUGGGCAUUGGGAGCAUUUGCAGAGCUUUUAGACAAUGCUUUAGAUGAGGUUUGCAAUGGAGCCACCUAUGUUAAUGUGGAUGUUUUGGAAAACCAGAAAGAUGGGAGCAUGAUGAUUCUUGUAGAAGACAAUGGUGGUGGAAUGAAUCCUGAUAAAAUGCGGCAAUGUAUGUCUCUAGGAUACUCUGCUAAGAGCAAGAUGUCAAACGCAAUUGGCCAAUAUGGGAAUGGUUUCAAAACGAGUACUAUGAGGCUCGGAGCAGAUGUGAUUGUGUUUUCUCGUUGUGAUGAUGGGAAGAGCCCAACACAGAGCAUUGGAUUGCUUUCCUACACAUUUUUACGGGCGACAGGAAAAGAAGAUAUUGUGGUUCCCAUGAUUGACUUUGAGAAGAAAGGGAAAUCUAAUAAAUGGAACAAGAAAAUAAGAUCUUCUUUAAAUGAUUGGAAUGCCAAUUCAGAAAUCAUAUUGCAGUGGUCACCAUUUAUAAGUGAAGAAGACCUUUUCAAGCAGUUCGAAUUCCUGGAAGAUCAAGGUACUCGUAUCAUAAUCUAUAAUCUUUGGGAAGAUGAUGAAGGAAAUUUGGAACUGGAUUUUGACACCAAUCCACAUGACAUACAAAUUAGAGGAGUCAACCGAGACGAGAGGAAUAUACAAAUGGCAAAACAAUAUCCCAGUGCAAGGCAUUUUUUAACUUAUCAGCAUUCAUUAAGGAGUUAUGCAGCAAUUCUGUAUCUCAGACUUCCAACUGGCUUCAGAAUAUUCCUCCGGGGAAAGGAUGUUGAACAUCAUGACAUAGUAAAUGACAUGAUUUUGGCAAAGAAUAUAGUAUACAGACCUCAGCAUGUAGAGAAUGAUCCAGAUGUGGCCGCAUACGGGACAAUUGGGUUUGUAAAAGAUGCUCACCACCAUAUUGAUGUUCAGGGAUUUAAUGUUUAUCACAAGAACAGGCUCAUCAAGCCUUUCUGGAGGGUGUGGAAUGCUGCUGGGAGCGAUGGCCGUGGAGUAAUAGGUUUAAUGGAAGUUAAUUUUGUUGAACCAGCUCAUGAUAAGCAAGGUUUUGAGCGUACAAAUGGUCUCUCAAGACUAGAGGCGAGACUGAAUGCAAUACAGAAGAGUUAUUGGUCUUCAAACUGCCAGGAGAUUGGUUAUGCUGCAAGGCGGCACCCCAAGAACCAUAAUUCUUCAAACAUAGAAUGCACUUCGCAAUCAAAAAAUAAAGUAAAAGGCUCUGCUAAAGGAUUUCCAGCAGUACAUGCAAUUAGUCCAAACCAGCAAAGCUCUAUUAAUGGGGAUUUAAAAGCCAAAGCUUGUCUGAAACUUGGUGAAACACCAUUGCGCAGUAUUACCACAGAUCCUUUGUAUUGUUCCGUAGUAAAAGGUCAGCAAAUGGCCACAGGUUCUCAUUCAAAGGCUGCCAAUACUAAUGAUAUGAAGAGUUCAAAUAACUUGAAGAAAAAGGGUCCUGAAUUAAAGGAUAGAUUCAAUGGACAAACUGGGAAAAUGGUGGAUAAUUUGAUUAAGUCUUUAGAAUAUGAAAGGGAGAAGCAGCGAAAGCUUGAAAAUCAGGCAUGCGUUGAUAACCUUUUAAUUAACCGAAAAACUUGCCCGGUUGCCCCCUUUUUUUCUUGUAAUUUACUGAAUUCCUUUUAUCAAUGAACAGCUUCAGGAGAAAACAGAAGAGCUAGAUGCUGAAAAAAAGAAAGCAGAACAGUUGGAUCAAGAAAAUAUUGCUCUUGUAGAAAUGAUACAGGAAGAAAGGACUAGAAGGGACCAAAUGGAGGAGGAUUUAACAGAGAAGUUAAAGGAUGCUUACAAGACUAUUGAGGAGCUAAUGGAGAGAGUGAGGCAGCUAGAAGGGUGCAAAUCAAGUAACUGUAAAAUUGAGAAGGACUGAUUAUGAGUCUUGAUUCAUUUUAGGAGCUUUAAUUUGUAGGCACGCUAGUCCUCAAAGACAAAAGGUCAUGAUUCAAUAAGCUUUUACUUGGUACAUAUUUACAACUAUGCAAUGAAUCAUUUUCCUUUGGCAAAUCCCACCAAUUGUAAAGGGUUCUAGUCUUUUAAAGAAAUAUAUAUCGACUUAGGA